CCGGAGCUGGAACCGCAAGUUUAGUGUGCGGCGAUGACGUCACUGCUCCACAUUGAGCUCGCCGAGUAGUAGUGAGAGAGAUAGAUAGAGGCGCGCCGUAGUAAAGUACACACUGCCAUGAAGUUCUGUUUGUUAACUACUUAAUUGUUGUUGCUAGCAAUCAGGAGAGGAAGGCUGAAAUAUCUGAACUUUUUACAUCGUUUUUUUGCUUGUGUAAGAGUAACACAGAAUCAGUGGGCAUUUGGGGGAAGGCUUUUUAAUAUUUUUUGGAGAAGCGAUGUCGUCCGCGGCGGUUGCUGCUUCAAGAAGGCAGUCAUGUUAUUUAUGUGACUUGCCCCGCAUGCCGUGGGCUAUGAUCUGGGAUUUUACCGAGCCCGUCUGCAGAGGAUGUGUCAACUACGAAGGAGCAGACCGAAUUGAGUUUGUGAUUGAGACUACGCGGCAGCUAAAGAGGGCACAUGGCUUCCAAGAAGGUAGAUCUCCGGGACCGGGUAAACCUCAGCUCUCGGGGAAAGAGAUUCAGUCCAUCAACCAUACGACGGGAGAUCCCGGAUCGCGACCACCACAGCCCCUGGACCGCUACCCCCUAACCUCUGAUCGGCCGCCAAGACUUGGUCCAGAAUAUCCGUCUGGGAGGCAGGCUAAUGGAAUUCCUAUUCCAAAUGGAUUCCCCAAACCUGACGAUCCCCCGGAGCUGAACCGGCAGAGCCCUAACCCUCGCAGGACAAGCACGGUGCCCCCAAAUUUAGUGCCUUUGGUUAACGGGAGCAUGACAUCUGUACACGCUGUCAACGGCAGACCCGGACAAAUGGGACUGCCUUCAGCGUUAUCGGCGAAUCCUAACGAACUGGGCAGCAAGAGACCGGCCUCUGUCUCCAGCACGGAGCAUGAGAGGGAGGUGAAGGACAAGCACAGACCGGACAGCCUGACACCGGAGAUCGAGGGCCACAAGAGCAGACCGGACGAAUGGAUGAAUAAGGGCAAAACCGUAAGGGACUUAUUACCGCUCCACCCUUUCGACAACAGGUUCAAAAAGGAUCAGCAGAGAGCAAUGGGCUACGACACGGGCGCCGUCGCCUCAAAACCAGACCGAGGAAAGCAUCCCCGGAAUUUGAAGAGAAAACCCUCUCCGGAGCCCGAAGGGGAAGGCACGGCUGUGAAGCACAACGGAGAGGGACAGUGGGCACCACCGCCUGCCGAGGUCCUGAAGAUGCCCCCCGUACCCCCGCCGAACUUCACUUCACCGCCCUCCACCAUCUCGCCUCAUUCCCGCACCACCCCGCCGGAGGCUGCGCAGAACGGACAGUCUCCUAUGGCGGCGCUUAUUUUAGCCGCUGACAAUGCUGGUGGAAACAGCUCACCCAAGGACGCAAACCAGGUGCACUCCACCACCCGGAGGAACAGCAGCAGUCCCCUUUCGCCGUCCUCCAUGAGCCAAAGGAGACUGGCCCAGAGGGACGUGUCCAGUGCGGGGACGCCGCACGUGCCGGGCAUAGACCAAGUGCACCCCCAAAGCAUUCCAGACUCGUCGGUGCCCAACAGCAUACCCCUCUGCUGCACCCUGUGCCACGAGCGCCUAGAAGACACGCAUUUCGUCCAGUGCCCGUCUGUGCCCUCUCACAAGUUCUGCUUUCCCUGUUCCAGGGAGAGUAUCAAGCAGCAAGGCGCUACCGGCGAAGUGUAUUGCCCGAGCGGAGAGAAGUGUCCAUUAGUGGGCUCGAAUGUUCCAUGGGCUUUCAUGCAAGGUGAAAUAACAACCAUCCUUGCAGGAGAUGUUAAAGUAAAAAAGGAGAGGGACCCCUGAUUUUAUUUUAAUGAUUUUUUUUUUUUGAAAAAAGAAAAAACUAAAAAUAUAAAUAUAUAUAAAUAUGUCACUUGCAUACCGUUAAAACAAAACUAACGGACUUGUACAUAGCCUAUUGGACACAAGGGAAGUGUAUACUUCGUAAACAUGGCUGUAUAAUUUUUGAUUUUUGAAUACAUUGUGUUUCUAUAUUUUCGAAGAUAAAGGUAUGUACUCAUUAUAAUGGACUACUUCCUUUUGUUGAUGUUUUAGCAGUUUCUGAUGUAUUUUUAGGUUUGGUGGCAGUUCCUGUUAAACGUAGGUGUGACUAAUGCUACUCAUCGAGCACUUGGCAAAACUGAAAUGCUUCUAGCUGUACUUGUAAUGCACUUGUUAAAGAUUGCCAAAUACAGUUUCUGACCUUGUAAUAAUAA